UCUAUAUCGUCAGAAUGACGGUGCUCGAUGUAUCUGCAUCAGUGCAAUCUUUAUUAUUAAUAUGAUAUCGUCAGUUAGAUUGAAAAAAACAUUGUAUUGUGAAGUAAAUAUAUUCGAUAUUUUAUCAUUUCUUUAGAUUCGUAGAACACACAAUUCAAUGUCGUCAUUGAUAAGCUCCUGAUACGAUAACUGUUAGCUUGAAUCGUGUAGCAAUGAGUACCAAACAUAGUCCAGGAAAAAUUACAUUAGGGAUGAUGAAAGGCAAGCCAAUUGCCACAUCUGUACCAGUGAUUCAUUAUCGAGCUAAUGAUGAUGAACUGGACGAACUAUAUCCAAGCUCCUCUGAUGAAGAGAAACGUGUCACUCCAGAGAUUGAGAAAACUAGGUUCCCAUCAAGCCCCUCUAAAGGUAGUGAGAAUGGCCAAGGAUUGGAGAAUGGAUCAGAGAGACGUUCUAUUGAUGGUAAUGUAUCUGAGGGUACUCCUCCAUCUUCAGAUCCAUGGAAGGUGUUGUCCGAGAUCAAACGAAAUAUUACAAAGACAUUUGAAGAAAAACUUUCUGAGAUAAAAAGCGAUAAAAAAAAGAGAAGAUAUAACAAAGAUUCCAGUAUUAGCGAUUCGGAAGAUCCAGGAGAAAUUACACCAAUCGACGAGAAUGUCAAUGAAAAACAAGAUAAAGAAGGUUUGCCUGUUGCUCGCAAUAAAAGUACUGCUGCGAGAUUCGUGGGUUUUUCACAGGUAAAAACUGGUUUAAAAACCAAAAAUUCUCAAGACGAAAGUGUAGAGAGCGGUGUAGAAGCUGCUGAAUUUUCCGAAUCUACUCCUGAACAGCCUCUUUUUGAAUUACAAGAUUAUUUUUGUAACGAGGAUAAAAAAACCGAUAUCAUGAGUCAUCGUAAUCUCUUCAGUCAACCAGAUGGAGGCAUCCAAAUGAAAGAGGAAAUAAAAUUUAGCACAUUGCUCUCUCGUAUAAAAGAUCAUAUAUUUCAGCAAUUGACAAAGCAGUUAGCUGCACUAUUCAUCCUUGUGUUUGCUUUCUAUUAUGUGGUUCCAUUACCUCCAUAUUUGGUCGGUUUCUUUAUCGGAGUUUUCGCUACAGUAAUAAUAGACAAAUUAGUACAAAGAAUCAAGGAAAUUUUAGCAACACCUUUAAAUAAAGAGCCUGCACACAUAGUGGUUCCUGUAUUGGAGAUACCAGCAGUGGAGGAGCAUGCAGUCCAAGAGAGAUUUGAAGGAUGGUUGAAUGAAUUGCCAUAUAUCUAUGAUCCCCUUAACUAUCACGUGGCACGCACGAAGUCAGUUUUUUUCAGUCUGGAAGGUGGAGUGCUGCGCGUUAUGGAGACUAGAAUGAAAGUACCAAAGAGAGCCGUAUGGGAUGAACCUAAGCGAAAAUUUAAAUUUAUUAGAAAACGCGUGUACAACCUCAUUGGUGCAAAGAUAGAAUUGUUACCAGAAGGACUCAUUCGGAGAAGGAGAUGGAGCAAGAAAUAUCCAAUUUGUAUUACAAUGGAUCCAAGAGCAUUAAUAGAAAUUAUGAAUGACUGUACAGAUCUUGGAAAAGAAUCUUUCGAGGAUGAGAAGAAAAUUGCUCAGGCGGAAGGAACUGAUCAGGAAAUCGAGGAAAAUACCUUCGGCGAGGAAACAAAAAGUGAGGACGAAGACUCUAGAUUUGAAUUCCUUAAAGAUAAUGACGAAGAUGAGUUAAAGAUUGAUGAAGAUGAAGACGAUGACGAUCUUUCGCAAUCUAAGUCCUUAAGAAGUAUUUACGAAGAUUGUCGCGACAACGAAGAAAUUACCAAAUCUAAACUUUAUGUUUUCGCGCGUUCCGACCGAGAGAAGGAAGAUUGGUUUCGAAGAUUGGUAUCAGCGGCAUCUCUUUCGAAAAAACGACAUUCCAUUUGUUCUAUAAACGAUUGCGUAUCCUGCGCGAGUGUAAUUUCUGUACCGGAUGUGGCAGAAGCAAAAUUGCUCGAAACGUCUCCAGAAAUUACCUAUAACACUUAUAUGAGCAAGUACCUGAAUAUGGAUCCUGAAGGUUCCCCAAAGGAAGAUGAUGUUCUUUGGGUGAAUUGUCUUCUGGAACGAUUACUUUUCGACAUGCAUAGUUGUCCAGAGACAAUUAAUCUCAUUCAGGAUAAAAUACAGCGCAAAUUGUCUAAUAUAAAACUCCCAUACUUCAUGGAGAGCCUUCUUGUAACAGAACUAGUGAUAGGACAGGACGCUCCGACGAUUCAUAAAAUUAACAAGCCGGUUCUCGAUGAACGCGGAUUUUGGCUUGAGAUGAAUAUUACUUAUAAGGGUUGUGUGACGAUGACUGUAGAGACAAAAUUGAAUCUAAUGAAACUGACGCGUGCGAAUAGUGUCUCUGGUGAGAUCAUCGACGAGAAAUCUAUCCCCACUAGAUCACCGAUAUUCGAUAGCGAUGUAGAAGAUAGUCCAGAGACAUCCACGGAAGACGAAGAUGUCGGAAAUAUCGCAUCUUGUGUCACAUCGAAAGACGCCACACCAAUUCAAUCUUCUGGCAAGAAAUUUCUUAACAUGGUUGAUAAGUUAACAGCUAACAAGUAUUUUCGUCAUGCUACUGAAUUGUCCUAUAUACGGAGAGCGAUGGAAGGUGUUUCUAAUACAGAGAUCCGCUUCAUGGUUAGCAUAUCUAGCAUCGAGGGUUGUCUUUUAAUAAAUAUUCCUCCACCACCUUCUGAUCGACUCUGGUACGGUUUCAAGCCCGUGCCCAAAAUCACUCUUACUGUGCAGCCAACUCUUGGAGAAAGGACUGUCAACAUUGUAUAUGUGACUAAAUGGAUUGAGAAUAAGCUGCUCAGGGAAUUCGAAAAGCUAGUAGUUCUACCAAAUAUGGACGAUCUGGUUUUAUCAUUUUGCCCAAAUUAUCCCUUUGUCGUGACGUAGACAAAUUUUACAUUAGCCAAAACAGUUUCCUGCUUUUACAUUACUUUUUUUGUAUGUAAUUUGUAUGUUUUUGUAUGUAAUUUGUAAACAAUAUUGUCAUUUAUAUAAGUGGGAAAUGGAUUUUUUCUCAUUAAUAUGAUAAUUC